AUGACGGUCGCUGCGCCAACCACACAUUCUCCUCCUCCACCUUCUCCUCCUCAAUCAUCAUGCGACAUGGAGCCUCAAGACAAUGCUCCAAUCACCUGCUCAAACGACUCUCAUGAUGAUCCAAUCGAGAAGGUUCGACCUGCCAAGAAGACUAAGGUGUCACAUCAUGUGGCCAUUGAGCCAGUCGAUCAACCCACCUCACAGCACGACAAGGUCGAUAACGGUGCCGCCACCACCACCACCACCACCACCACCACUGCCAAUCACAUCCUUCUCGAAGCUGGUACCCAAGUCAUGGCCAGGUCAGCAGGUGAGGGCUGUGUAUUCAGAAGGGGGACAGUUGUCGAGGACACAGGACAUGGAGAGGUCACGGUCGAAUUCCAAGGAUCAGACAAUGAGGAAUCUGUUCCUCGAGCAUACGUGUUUGGUCACAAACAUCCACGUGCAAAGAAGAGCGAAAUGAUCACAAACAAACAAUAUCUAUGCCUUGGCUUUGACAGCCACUACCGACUUGGCACGCUCAUUGGUGUUCGCGGGAAAUCCUACGACAUUGAGAUUCAAGUAUCCCAACCAUUGAUGUUCACUCUGCCGCUUUCAGACAUCACUAAGAUCAAUUAUUUAAAUUAA